AUGGUGCUGUUGAAAGGAUUGGGCAGGAAGUAUUGCCAUUCGGCAGACACUGUCACCGUGAUCGAUUUCACCGACGGCCUGAAACCUGCCAGCCCGGAUGGAGCAACCACAAUUGGGACAGAGCGGACCAGAUCAGACAUUCCAGUCAACGCCCUAAGCGAGCAUUUGCUCACUCGCGAAUACAUCGAACGUCAGAAGCGGAUCUUGUCGUUCUUGGAAAAGGAUGAUUUAUUCAACAAAAAGACUCAGUACAGCCUUUCCCGCCCGGAUCGCUAUCGUCUGGGCCUCGCUCGAGCAAAGCGCGCAAAGCAGUUCGCCGUGAAGCACGGCUGGGAUGAGGACGUCUAUAAGAUGGCUGAGUACUUGAUUGAUGAUGUCUCGCCGUUGCACCUCCACCUGCACAUGUUCAUGAACACAAUCCGUGAACAAGCUAGCGAUGAGCAGAGAGCGUACUGGCUGCCCAAGAUCGAAUCUUGGGAGGUCAUUGGGGCCUACGCACAGACAGAACUUGGCCACGGGUCCAACACGAAGGAAUUCAUCAUGCACAGCCCGACAUUGACUGCGAGUAAAUGGUGGAACGGCACGCUGGGCAGGACGGCAAACCACGCCGUUGUCAUGGCCCAGCUCAAGAUCCCAGACCGCUCCAAUGGCAAACUUCGAUCUUUUGGUCUGCAUCCCUUCAUCAUGCAGGUACGAGACUUCGUGACCCAUCAGCCGCCAAAGACCAUCAUCGUAGGAGACAUUGGGCCAAAAAUGGGCUAUGCUUCCAUGGACAAUGCGUACAUGCUCUUCGACAACCACCGUAUUCCUCAUAGUGCCAUGUUGUCACGAUUCUCUCGACUUGACUUAGAAACCAACGAAUACGUCAAACCUCCGCAUCAGUACGUGGUCUACGGCUCACUCACAGCGGGACGGGUCAAUAUCAUCUUGCAAGCUCGCAUUGUCCUUGCUCGAGCGGUCACGGUCGCUGUGAGAUAUGUCUCUAUUCGCCGUCAAUUCGUCAACCGCGACACUCCUGAGGCCAAGCUUGAGACGGCUGUGCUGGAUUACCCAACAGUUCAGAUCCGCGUGCUCCCACUCUUGGCCACUUCCUUCGCGCUGCAUUAUACUGGCAAAGCGAUGAAACAGCUGUUCGAUCGCGUGAGGAGCAGCAUUGAGCAGUCUGGCGACUUUGCGGAACUGGCAGAUCUACACAGUACUUCUCUGGGGCUCAAGAGUUUGUGCACUACGUAUGCCACUGAUGGAAUUGAGACAUGUCGACGAGCAAUGGGAGGCCAUGGCUUUAGCGCUGCGAGUGGGCUCGUGCGACUUCGCAACGAUUAUGGGUCCAGGCCCACGGUGGAAGGCGACAACUGGAUGAUCACACAGCAAGUUGCACAAUAUCUCCUCAAGAAGAUGAAGACUCUCGAGGUGGGCAGCGGUACUGCAUCAACUACGAUCGACAUAACUCUGCAACGCUUUCUGCAGGCUUCAAACAAAACGCCGCAUUUCCCAGUCUUGGACUAUGAUGAGGCUAUCCUGGCGGCAUUUGAAUGGCGAUCAUCGUAUCUGGUAUCCAAGGCCUACCAAGCUCGCGAAGUGCGUGGAGAGGCGCACACUUCUCUCUUGGUGCAAUUCUAUCGCUUGUCGAAUGCAUAUUCGCAAUCGAUUCUGGUCAACAACUUUCACGCUAUCUUCACCAAUACUGCCGGCGUUUCGGACAAGCCACCGCAAGGAGCAACAGAAGUACUUCAUGACUUGUUCCGGCUCUACGCACUUUACACGAUCGAGGCAGAAGCCAAAGAGUUCCUGCAGUCGGGAGCAUUGUCAAUGGACGUAUUGGAGCUUCUGCCGGGAGCGAUUCAAAGUCUGAUGGAUCGAAUUCGGCCACAUGCGGUCAGGCUUGUGGACUCCUGGGGCAUUCCGGACUUUCUGCUGGAUAGUGCUCUCGGACGUUAUGACGGCAAGGUCUACGAAGACCUGUUCGACCGGGCACACCGACAAAACCCGCUCAAUGAUCAUACCUUCAACAACAAGUGGUGGUCGGAUGAGAUAGAGCUGGGCUCUGGUGAUGCAGGCAAAAUCCUUGCAAAGUUGUAG